GCUGCUGUUACCAGAAGAAAAGGCCCCACGAGUGGGAAAAGUUUCUCAACAACGACAGUAAUGUUUCUGGGACAGAUCGGGACUCGCAGAAAGCGCCUACAAGUUCGAACAAGACGCGGAGACAGCCGCUGGUGUUGAUGAUGAUGAUGAUGAUGACAGCUAGAAUGACUCCGCUCCCGCUGAGCAGGUCCUGAUCUCUGCUGUGUUUAUUUCGUAAGUGUGUCUUGUUGCUCCACCUCCCAGCGCCUUGAGCGGAGCCCGCAGUCGAGGCGCACCGAGGAAGCGGCAGACGUGAGGAGAACUGAGCUGAGAGAUGGCCGAGAAUAAAGUGGGUCCGAACCUCCAGGCUGGAGCGGGAUUCCUCGCCAAGCGGGUCCAGAAAUCCUUGAACAGAGCACAGGAGAAGGUUCUUCAGAAACUGGGCAAAACCAUGGAGACCAAAGAUGAACAGUUUGAGCUCUGCUUCCAGAACCUCAACAAGCAGCAGGUACUGCCACACCUCUGGCCAAUCAGAAUCUGCUGCUGCUUCCAGUCUGUUCUAAGAACUAGCUUUAAUAGUUCAGCGGCACGUCUUACAGCCUCCUCACAAAUAAUCUUCUUGCGAUUAGCGAUCCAUGGGGACUAAACAAUCAGUGUUUUG